GUCCCAGAAGGGAGCUGCUGUCUGAGGAAGAAACUGCAUCUUCACUCGCCAGCCACGAGAGGACCUGGGGUCGCGCUGGGCGCCCGACGGACCCUCCUCAGGGACCCGCCUGCCCCACGCCGCCCGGCCCUGCCGGGCCCUCCGCACCAGGUUCCCCAGCCGCAGCCUUACCUGCGGGCUCCAGAAUCCCCAGGGCUUCCAGAGGAUGCUCGGGCCACCGACAGGGACCUCGGGGCAGCAGUGAGGGGGGCACGCAGCCCCCCAUUCAGCUCCUGUCCUCCUGUGCCAGGGGCUCCCCCCGGGUACGAGCAUGGUGGUUUUCCCUUGGAGCCCCCUGGCUUGGUACGUCUGAGAAGAUGCCUGCCAUGAGGCUGUUCACUUGCUUCCUGCAGCUCCUGGCUGGGCUGGCGCUGCCUGCUGUGCCCCCCCAGCAGUGGGCCUUGUCUGCUGCGAACGGCUCCUCAGAGGUGGAAGUGGUGCCCUUCCAGGAAGUGUGGGGCAGAAGCUACUGCCGGGCCCUGGAGAGGCUGGUGGACAUCGUGUCCGAGUACCCCAGCGAGGUGGAGCACAUGUUCAGCCCGUCCUGCGUCUCCCUGCUGCGCUGCACGGGCUGCUGUGGCGAUGAGAACCUGCACUGUGUGCCAGUGGAGACGGUCAACGUCACCAUGCAGCUCCUGAAGAUCCGCUCCGGGGACCGGCCCUCCUACGUGGAGCUGACGUUCUCUCAGCAUGUGCGCUGCGAGUGCAGGCCUCUGCGGGAGAAGAUGAAGCCAGAAAGGAGGAGACUCAAGGGCAGGGGGAAGAGGAAGAGAGAGAAGCAGAGACACACAGACUGCCACCUGGCCUGUCUCCUUCCAGCAACAGGACUCAGGAAAUCAUUUCAUGCCAUGGGACUGGGGCUGACCAAGCCCUACCCCAUGAGCCCACCCCUGCACGAGCGGAGACCUCCACCCCACUCUGUGAAGAUAGGAAUGCUGGGGAGGAUUCUGGGUGCGGCGAUACUGUUCCCCGGAGGUAACCAGCCCCUCGGAGGAGAGAGACCCCACACCCGGCUCGUGUAUUUAUUACCGUCACACUCUCAGUUACCUCCCUGCUGGCACCUGCCCUCUAUUUAUUAGCCAAUUGUAUCCCUGCUGAAUGACUCACUCCCUCCAAGAGGAGGGGCAGGGAGGGACAGGACCCUCAGGAAUUCAGUGCCUUAAACAGAACGUGAGAGAAAGACAGAAGACAGACCCAUGUGGCUUCAGCUUGGGAAGAAGCAAGAUGUGUGGCUUUGUGAGGGGCAGGCCAGGCCCCAGAGGCUCUGGGGGUCUCCAGGGGGCUGGAGAGGGAAGGACUGGAGACCCACCGCCUGCCCCCCGGCCUUGGGCUCUGCACGGACCAGCAGCCCUUGCUGGGGGCGCUCCCGGCCGGGGUGGGAGUGGGGGAGCUUGCUCCCAGUGGCCCUGCUGGGAGGGUGAGCAGGCAGCAGCUCUGCCCCUGGAGAUCAGAACGUUCAGCUCUGGAGAACAGUGGUUGCCUGGGGGCCUUGGCCACUCCUUGUCCCCUAGGUCUGGCCUCACAUCUUGCCACUGCUUGUGCUGGGACAUUGUUCUUUACGGCUAAGGCGUCACCAUCCUGCCCCUCCCAGGGACACAGGCCAAGAGUGGCCCCAGGCUGGACAUGGAGCAAGCUGCCCCCGCGUGGCUGUUUGACCGCCAAGCCAGAUUCUCUUGAAUAAAGUAUUCUAGUCUGGAAA